AUGGCACAGAUGCUGCGAGAAUUUCCGGACGAGGCUCCGGCCAAAGCCGAAGCAGCAAGAGCGCGUCAGGAGCUUCGCAAAAGGCAGAAUCUCUCGCAGCUUGAAUUGCGAGUGCAGCGGCGCCUUCGGACAGAAGAGCACAUUCUGCUUCGGCUGGUCUGGCAGGCUUGGGAAGACUUCGAUGGCAAUGGCAUUGUCCGGGCCAUGGCCGCUGACCCAAAGGCUCGUUUACAACUUUGUGCCAUGGGCUGCGGUGCAAGCACCACCGUGCAUCCAACAUCGCCAUGCUCCCGGGGACCUCAAAGUCUCCGCAUGAGCAAGAAGCGGGUAGAGGCAGUGCUUGACCUCGAUGCGAUGACCGUCCUUCCCAACAGCCCGACACAGAGUCCUGAUGAACGGCUAGACUUGGAGGAGUCAUCAGACGAGCAAAUGUCUGUAGAGGGGGUGGAGGACGAAGCACGACUCUGGUCAUCGAUGAACAUUGAGGAUGUCGAGGCCAACCGAAACCAGCCAUUUCCAACGCCGCCCGAUCGACGGAUGCAUGAUCGGCACCUCCGGCGGAUCGAGCAUCUAGGUCGACAAAUGGCAGAAACUCCUCAUGCAUUUGCACUCGUUGUCUUGAACCGACGAUGCCGGUUGAUCGACCAAGUCAAGACCGCGUAA